CUCGUGGUAAGCGCGCGCGGGUUCCUCCAUCUCAACUGAAAACUUUGUUUCAAGCGCGCGCGAAACUCUUGGACAAUGCUACUACUACUACAGUUUCAAUAAUAACUUAUCAACAACUGAUUAUUACAUCAUGAACGUCUAUAUAAUAUUCUGGAUUGUAUUAGUUCUAUGGUUUCUGACUAUUUGGAGUGAGGCGAACGAAAGGAUAUUCAUCGGUAUUCCAGCGAGCGGACAGACGCUGGACGAUUGCUCUUGCGAGGAUGAGAAGGCGGCCUGCAGAUGUACCGGAUUAGGUUUAAAGGAUGUUCCCACGAAUCUUCCUAAACCGUUGAAAAUCCUAUCAAUAGAUAAAGCAGGAAUUGAGGUGCUGAAAAGGGAUUCGCUGCGGCCGUACGCUAACAGCCUGAAGGAACUAAUAUUGGUGAAUUUGGAAGAGUUCUACUUCUUCGAGGCCGGUGUAUUCUUCAAUUUAAACGAGCUGCAGACUCUGUAUAUCCACGGAGCUCCGAAACUGCUGAAAAUUCAACCGGGCGUAUUCAACGUUGCUCUACCGAACCUUAAAGUAUUGCGAAUUGUCAGCACCGGUUUGGAGGAGAUGCCCUACCUAAACUUCUACGAUUCUUCCGUGCUCUUUAUUAUGGAUUUCGAGAACAACCGUAUCCAACAUAUAAAAUCUCAUCAAAUCACAAACGUAAAAGCGGAACAGCUGCUGUUGGACUACAAUGAUCUGCGCACUAUCGAGGAGGAAGCGUUUUACGGAUCCGAAAUAGCCAAGCUGAGUUUUAAAGGCAAUUUGCGUCUGGUAAAUCUUCACAGCCGGGCUUUCGCCGGAUUGCAAAGCUUAAGAGAUAUAGACCUUUCGAGCACGGCCAUUGAAUCCAUCCCUGUCGAGGGUAUGCACGAAAUCGACGUGCUGAAAGUACGCGACACCCACACGCUCAAAGUUUUUCCAUCAGUCUACAACUUUCAAAACAUCAAGGAGGCCUGGUUGACGUACCCUUAUCAUUGCUGCGCCUUUAAGUUUCCGGACACGCACGAUCCCAGGAAAUUCGAUGAGCAUCAGCUCUUCGUGCAGCAGCUGAAGGCCAUGUGCUCGUCGACGAACUUGACGACGGUGGGACUCGUCCUCAAGGACGAUCAGCACAGUCCCGCUCUGAAAGCGGUGCUUCGAUUGUUGCCGCUGAACACGAGCAUCGUUGCUCAGGAGACGAUGGAUGAGGAGUUUUGGUGGCACGACGAGGAGGUCUUUCGCAAUGACACCUUGAAGAUGUCCGACGGGUUUCCUGCGACGACUGUCAUCUGCGGAGAGAUUUAUCGGGACUACCAUGAGGUGAAAUGCUAUCCAGAGCCAGACGCGUUUAAUCCCUGCGAGGAUUUGAUGGGGAAUUGGGCUUUGAGGGUUCCAGUUUGGUUUAUCUCAUUGUCAGCGGUCAUCGGCAAUCUCUUUGUAGUGAUCGUAAUAGCCACUUCGCAUUUCCGUCUGACAGUCUCGAAGUUCCUGAUGUGUAACCUGGCCACCGCCGAUCUCUGCAUCGGAAUCCAUCUGCUACUGAUCGCAGUCGUCGAUGCCAAAUCCAUAGGCGUCUACUUUAAUUACGCCAUCGAUUGGCAAGAAGGUGUAGGAUGCGAGGUGGCCGGAUUCCUUACGAUCUUCGGAAACGUCCUAUCCGUCUACACGUUGGCCGUGAUCACUACAGAGAGAUGGUACACCAUAACCUGGGCCAUCCAUCUGAACAAGAGGUUGAAGCUGCGAACCGCAGUUCGCGUCAUGUUCGCCGGAUGGCUUUGCGCUAUCUGCAUGGCAUCGCUUCCGCUGUUCGGCAUAAGCAGCUACUCGAGAAUCAGCAUAUGUCUACCAUUGGAGAACAAAGGCAAAGCCGAUACCGUUUAUUUGUCCACGCUGUUGGCUUUCAAUGCGAUCGCGUUUUCCAUAAUCUGCGUAUGUUAUGCUAGCAUGUAUCGAUCGAUCCGCGAAGGCGGGAACCAAUGUUCCAUCACGUCCGUACGCUCAGAUCUAACCGUAGCUAAACGGAUGGCUCUUCUGGUUUUCACGGAUUUCGCGUGUUGGGCACCAAUAGCUUUCUUCGGUCUUACCGCUCUCCUAGGAUAUCCACUGAUAACUGUAACGCAAACCAAAAUUCUUCUAGUUUUCUUCUACCCAUUGAACUCUUGUGCCAAUCCGUGCCUCUACACGCUUCUGACGCAACAGUACCGACGGGAUUUCUUCAUUCUGAUGGGAAGGUACGGUAUUUGCAAGGACAGAGCGGAAAGGCAUAAAGGCGCUAUCGGUGGGAAACCUUUACCUUACGGUGCCGGAGGACAGUACAGGAGGAAUCCGGGAGAAGUGAAUAAGGCGCACAGCGCUACCGGAAACAACCACAGAAGUUCCGUUUUGACGACCAUCGUGAGCGUGGAACUACCCAUCUCGAAGAUCGGUUCGAAAAGCGGAUCUUUCAAUAGAGAUAACAUCAGCAAAAUCUCUGAAUAUCCUCUGCAACAUCUGAACAAAAUGGAUCAACAGAACAACUGCAAAUUAACAUCUACAAACAACCUAUAA